ACCAUAAAAAGCCUUCCUCCCUCUGCAUCUGUGUGUUGCAGUUGGUACCAUCCCGUUUUUAUCAGCGUGUUUUAACCCCGAUUUUAAUCUGCUUGUAUUUUACUGCUUUAGCACCUCUCCUUCAACUUGAAAUGCCUACCAAGACCUCAGUGCAUCUACCCGAGGAUGUCAGGGAAAGGCUGCAGGUGUUGGAUAAUGAUGGAGAUAACUUGUCCGAUGAGGAAUGUGUGAAGGAGAAGCUCAAGUUGGUGAAGGAGUUUCUGCUUAGUGACACUCAGGAUCAGCUGAAGAGUCUGGAGUCCCAGCUGAGCAGCAAGGAGCUGACCACGGAGGGGUACAUUACUGCUGUGAAGGCGGUCUUGAAGCAGGCGGUCAGCACGGACAAACACGGCCAUGGGGACGGCGUGGAGGAGAACGGCAAGGCCAACGGCCACGGAGAGAACGGCGUCCACAAAGAUGGGGAGGAGGAGGAAGGGGACUCAACCAUGGAAUCCCAGGAGGAAGGGGACAAUAUGAAGUCCCCAAGUGCCCCCAAGGGCAGAGGCCGCAAGAGCAAGUCCGAACCCAAAAAGUCUCCUGGAGGGGCAAGGGCCACUCGCAACUCUGGAAACCAACCAACCAUCUUAUCCAUGUUCUCAAGAGUCCCAAAGCGGAAGUCUGAUGAGAUGGAAAAUGGAGACGACACAAAUGGUGACGCAGCGGCAGCAGCAGAGAAGACUCCGGAAGACGACGCCGAAGAAGUCCACGAAGAAAAGCGCAUUAAAUUGGAAACGGAUGACAAGCCAGUGACAAGGGAAUCAACAAAGGAAUCAACCACUGAAGCCAAGCCUGUGGCUCCUGCCAAGACACCACCCCCUAAGUGCACUGACUGCAGACAGUACCUGGACGAUGCAGACCUCAAGUUCUUCCAGGGAGACCCAGACGAUGCUCUGGACGAGCCAGAGAUGUUGACGGAUGAGCGGCUGUCCCUCUUCGACAACAAUGCGGACGGCUUCGAGAGCUACGAGGAACUGCCCCAGCACAAAAUCACCAACUUCAGUGUGUAUGACAAACGUGGUCACCUGUGUCCCUUUGACUCUGGCCUCAUUGAGAAGAACGUGGAGCUCUACUUCAGCUGCUCCGUCAAGCCCAUUUACGAUGACAACCCUUGCAUGGAUGGUGGUGUGCCUGCUAAGAAGCUGGGUCCCAUUAACGCCUGGUGGAUCACUGGCUUCGACGGUGGAGAAAAGGCACUUAUCGGGUUCACAACAGCGUUUGCGGACUAUGUGCUGAUGGACCCUAGUGAGGAGUACUCUGGCAUCUUCGCCCUCAUGCAGGAGAAGAUCUACAUGAGCAAGAUCGUGGUGGAGUUCCUGCAGAAGAACCCAGACGUCACCUAUGAGGACCUGCUCAACAAGAUCGAGACCACAGUGCCCCCUGCUGGCCUCAACUUCAACCGCUUCACGGAGGACACCCUGCUGCGCCACGCCCAGUUUGUGGUGGACCAGGUGGAGAGCUAUGAUGAGGCCGGGGACUCUGACGAGCAGCCCAUCAUCGUCACGCCCUGCAUGAGGGACCUCAUCAAGCUGGCCGGGGUCACCCUGGGCAAGAGGCGAGCGGCCAGGAGGCAAGCCAUCCGCCACCCCACCAAGAUCGAGAAGGACAGCAAGGGUCCCACGAGGGCCACCACCACCAAGCUGGUCUGGCAGAUCUUCGACACCUUCUUCUCAGGCCAGAUCGACCAGAACAAGGAGGACGGUGGCGUCAAGAGGCAGCGCUGUGGCGUUUGUGAGGUGUGUCAGUCUCCUGACUGUGGCAAGUGCACUGCCUGCAAGGACAUGCUGAAGUUUGGUGGCAGUGGCCGCAGCAAGCAAGCCUGCACAAAGAGAAGGUGUCCCAACCUGGCGGUGAAGGAAGCGGAGGAGGACGAGAACAUUGAGGAAGAGGAGCUGCUGCCUCCGCCCAAGCCCGCCUCUAAGGACAAGGACAAGAAGAAAAAGAAGUCCCAGAGCAAGAAGUCCUGGGUGGGAGAGCCUGUCCGGGUGGAGGGUAAGAAAAAGUACUACAUGAAGGUGCGUGUGGAUGACGUGGUACUGGAAGUGGGAGACUGCGUGUCUGUCAGUCCUGAUGACCCAUCCAGGCCCCUCUACCUGGCCAGGAUCACCUCGUUGUGGGAGGAGGACGAGAAGAUGUUCCAUGCCCACUGGUUCUCCCGCGGCACCGAGACUGUUCUGGGCGAGACGUCGGACCCCCAGGAGCUGUUCCUGGUGGACGAGUGCGAGAACAUGAACCUCAGCUACAUCCACGGCAAGGUCAACGUGGUCUACAAGGCGCCCUCCGCAGACUGGUUCUUGGAGGGUGGUGUGGACCAAGAGGACAAGUUUGUUGAGGACGACGGCGUCAGCUUCUUCUACCAGCUGUGGUAUGAGCCAGACGUCGCCCGCUUCGAGACGCCUCCCAAGGUGGAGCCGGCAGAAGACUGCAAAUACAAGUUCUGUGCCAGCUGCACACGCAGUGCUGAGCGUGAGGAGCGGGAGACCCCUCGUGCCUUCGAACCCCUGCAGGAGCAGGACAGCGACUCCAAGACCUUCUACGCCAUGGCCUGCCUGAUGGGAGACCAGUUCCGCGUGGGAGACGCCGUCUACCUGCCCCCGGACUCCUUCGACUUCAGUGUGAAGGCGGCGAGCCCCAUGAAGCGUCCUCAGAGGAAGGAUGACGUGGACGAGGAGCUGUACCCAGAGUACUACAGGAAGUCCUCCGACUACAUCAAGGGCUCCAACCUGGACGCUCCGCAGCCCUACCGCAUCGGGCGCAUCAAGGAGAUCUUCUGCAACAAGCGCAGCAACAACAAGAGCAACACGGCCGAGGUCAAACUGCGCCUCUACAAGCUCUACAGGCCAGAGAACACCCACAAGGGCCAGAAGGGAGGCUACCACACGGACAUCAACCAGCUGUAUUGGAGCGACGAGGAGGUGACUGUGGAGAUGUCGGAGGUGAUGGGCCGCUGCCGGGUGGAGUACGGGGAGGACCUGGUGGAGAGCCUGCAGGACUACUGCACUGGGGGACCAGACCGCUUCUACUUCAUGGAGGCGUACAAUGCAAGGACCAAGAGCUUUGAGGAUCCACCCAACCAUGCUCGCUCUGUGGUCAACAAGGGCAAGGGGAAAGGCAAAGGGAAAGGGAAGGGCAAAGGGAAGGCUGCAGCGUCCACCCAGGACAAUGUGGAGGCGGAGUCGGCUCAGGAGCAGAGGGUCCCCAAGCUGCGCACGCUGGACGUCUUCUCAGGCUGCGGAGGCCUCUCAGAGGGAUUCCAUCAAGCUGGCAUCUCUGAGACUCUGUGGGCCAUCGAGAUGUGGGACCCGGCAGCGCAGGCCUUCCGCCUCAACAACCCCGGCACCACGGUGUUCACGGAGGACUGCAACGUGCUGCUCAAGCUGGUGAUGGCCGGCGAGAAGACCAACUCCCUGGGCCAGAAGCUGCCCCAGAAGGGCGACGUGGAGAUGCUGUGCGGAGGCCCCCCCUGCCAAGGCUUCAGCGGCAUGAACCGCUUCAACUCCCGCACCUACUCCAAGUUCAAGAACUCCCUGGUGGUGUCCUACCUCAGUUACUGUGACUACUACCGGCCCAAGUUCUUCCUGCUUGAGAACGUGAGGAACUUUGUGUCAUUCAAGCGCUCCAUGGUCCUCAAGCUCACCCUGCGCUGCCUGGUCAGGAUGGGGUACCAGUGCACCUUCGGAGUGCUGCAGGCUGGCCAGUACGGCGUGGCCCAGACGCGGCGCAGGGCCAUCAUCCUGGCAGCAGCCCCUGGAGAGAAGCUGCCGCGCUACCCAGAGCCCCUGCACGUCUUCGCACCCCGCGCCUGCUCACUCAACGUGGUCGUGGACGACAGGAAAUACGUCUCAAACGUCACCAGGGGUAACGGCGGUAUCUACCGAACCAUCACGGUGAGGGACACCAUGUCAGACCUGCCAGAGAUCCGCAACGGGGCCGCUGCUCUGGAGAUCUCCUACAACGGGGAGCCCCAGUCCUGGUUCCAGAGGCACAUCAGGGGCUCCCAGUACCAGCCCAUCCUCAGGGACCACAUAUGCAAGGACAUGAGUGCGCUGGUGGCGGCCCGCAUGCGGCACAUCCCGCUGGCGCCGGGCUCCGAUUGGAGGGACCUGCCCAACAUGGAGGUGCGGCUGAAGGACGGCACCAACACCAAGAAGCUGCGCUACACGCACCCCGACAAGAAGAACGGCCGCAGCAGCACCGGGGCACUACGCGGCGUCUGCACCUGCGCUGGAGGAAAGUCGUGUGACCCAGCCGACAGACAGUUCAACACGCUGAUCCCCUGGUGCCUGCCCCACACGGGCAACCGCCACAACCACUGGGCCGGCCUGUACGGAAGACUGGAGUGGGACGGCUUCUUCAGCACCACCGUCACCAACCCAGAGCCUAUGGGCAAGCAGGGUCGAGUCCUGCAUCCGGAGCAGCAUCGCGUGGUGAGCGUGAGGGAGUGUGCCCGCUCGCAGGGAUUCCCAGACACAUACCGCUUCUUUGGAAACGUCCUGGAUAAACACAGACAGGUUGGAAACGCUGUGCCUCCCCCACUGUCCAAAGCCAUCGGUCUGGAGAUCAAGAAAUGCGUCCAGGAACGGGUGAAGGAGAACGGAACAGAACCUGUAAAACAGGAGAAAAUGGAGACCUCCGAAUGAAGCCUUCUGUGCUUCGGUCGCACCAAUUGAAUUGUACUAUAAUCAAAUAGCCUGGAGCCUCUGCCUCAGGCUCUGCUGCUUAUCCGUGCAGUGUGUCAUCGCCACACAUUUUUAAUGUUUCUUUUUUUCUAAAUGUGAUUUUAAAAUCGAUGUAUUUACAAAUGUCCACUCCAUGCCAGAGUAAUGAACAUGUAGUUAUGUUUUUGUAUGUUGGAAAUAUUUCAAUUAAAAGCUCUUAUUAAAUGUUUUAACCGAA